AUGGCAUCGGAAAAAAAUGUUUCCCAAGUCUUUGCCCUCGUCCGUUUUCGUUACUGUGACUACAGUCUUGGAGGCUGUCGGCCAUCUUACAUACCUGAUCUAGCCGUCCUCAAUGAUGUCACGGACGGUACCUCUCCAUUCGUGAUGCUUGGCGGCAGCGGAGAUGGAGACUUCCACUCAGUCUCUUCUCCAGCGCCGGAGACCGAAUAUCGAAAGUCCAAGGGCCACUUCCAUGCCCUUACGGACUGA